GCUUUCGCAGAAGUAAAAAAAGAUUCGCCAGAAAAUUAUUUAAAUGGAUGUUUAAGGGAAAUCCAAUUCCGCCAAGAAAGAAAUCAACUAACUUGGGAAAAAAGCCAAAAAAUUAGCCACUUCAUUAGCCAGUCAAAUCCGACCGAACAAUUGGCUUGGAUACAAGAGAAGAAUAAGGAAAAAUACGAAAAAAUGAUUAAGAAUAUACAAGAGAUUUUAGCCCGUCCGCAAGCAAAAGAAUUGGAAAAAAAUGUUUUACAAACUGCCCCCAAAGAUUUUCUUAAUCGUUAUCUCUUAAUCGUAAAUAAAGAUAAGGAAUUAAACGAAAAAAAAAAAGAUGAUAUGGCCGAAGUUUCCGAGACGAUGCCUGAGACAGAUGAAUCAUCAACAGAAGCCAAGCCAGAAUCUAAGCCCGCAGAAAAAAGGCGAGAACCUUUCUUUCAUUUUAAUUUAUUUGUUCCGGUUCCCAGUGGUUCAUUGACAGUUUUGCGUUGUAUCAGCCAGGGAGAAAUAGCCGCAAGGAUUAAUAAAGAGGUUCAAGAGCAAGAAGUAAUUGAAGUCCGGGGCUAUUUGAGAAAUGAAAAAGAUAGCCGUCAAAUAUUAGUUAGAGUAGUGGAAUUUGCUAAACUCGAUAUAAGUUUUGAAAAAAUUAGUUUGGAAAAUUCUAAUCAAGUGCGGCUACUUGGCAAAAUAGUUAGUGAGUGGCAAUUUGUUGCAGAAUACAGACAAAAACCGGAAGUAUUAUCCUUUAAAUUGGCAGUUCCCCGCGAAGGAGUUAGAUCACCGCUUUUCUUUUGUCGAAUAAAUGAGAAAGAAUUGGUAGACGAAUUUAAUGAAAAAUUACAAAAAG